CUCCUCUACCCGGGAUGUGCACCAACCCCGGAGAGCGAGAUCAAAGGCGUCCGAACCAGACCGAGCACGGCCGGGGGGAGGGGCCGGCCAGCCUGUGGAGUCCUCCCCGAGAGGCCGAGGGCCCGGCGGCCACCGUGACUUCCGCGGCCUGCUCGGGCUUUUUAUUAUUUUCCAAUCUCUGAGUCCAGCCAAGAGCGAGCGAGCGAGAUCUCCGUGGACUGCGCCUGGCUGGCUCUCGCUCCGAGAUGAUGCAGAGCGCGGCUGUCCCCGCGGAGGGGGCCGUCAAGGGGCUCCCGGAGAUGCUCGCUGUGCCGAUGCAACAGAUCCCCCAGUGCGCCGGCUGCAACCAGCACAUCUUGGACAAGUUCAUCCUGAAGGUCCUGGACAGGCACUGGCACAGCUCCUGCCUCAAGUGCGCAGACUGUCAGAUGCAGCUGGCCGACAGGUGCUUCUCCAGGGCGGGCAGCUUCUACUGCAAGGAGGACUUCUUCAAGCGCUUCGGCACGAAAUGCACGGCCUGCCAGCAGGGCAUCCCCCCGACCCAGGUGGUCCGCAAGGCGCAGGACUUCGUCUACCACCUGCACUGCUUCGCCUGCAUCAUCUGCAGCCGGCAGCUGGCCACGGGUGACGAGUUCUACCUCAUGGAGGAUGGGCGGCUGGUGUGCAAGGAGGACUACGAGACAGCCAAGCAGAACGACGACUCGGAGGCCGGGGCCAAGCGGCCGCGCACCACCAUCACGGCCAAGCAGCUGGAGACGCUGAAGAACGCCUACAAGAACUCCCCGAAGCCCGCGCGGCACGUGCGCGAGCAGCUCUCCUCGGAGACCGGCCUGGACAUGCGGGUCGUGCAGGUCUGGUUCCAGAACCGACGGGCCAAGGAGAAGCGGCUGAAGAAAGACGCGGGCCGGCACCGCUGGGGGCAGUUCUACAAGAGCGUCAAGAGGAGCCGGGCAGGCGGCAAGCAGGAGAAGGAGAGCUCUGCGGAGGACUGUGGGGUCAGUGACAGUGAGCUGAGCUUCCGAGAGGAUCAAAUUCUCUCAGAACUUGGCCACACCAAUAGGAUUUAUGGCAACGUGGGGGACGUUACAGGCGGACAGUUAAUGAAUGGGAGCUUCUCCAUGGACGGGACCCGGCAGCCCUACCAGGACCUGGGAGAUGGGAGCCCCUAUGGGGUCCCCCAGUCUCCGUCCUCCAUCUCCUCCCUGCCCACCCACGCCCCUUUGCUCCAUGGGCUGGAUUACACGGUGGACAGUAAUCUGGGUGUGGUGGCGCCCGCAGGGCAGGGAGUGAACCACACGCUGAGAGCUAUGGCCGGGGGGCCCACCUCCGACAUCUCCACGGGGAGCAGUGUAGGCUACCCCGACUUUCCCACCAGCCCGGCCUCGUGGCUCGAUGAGAUGGAUCACCCUCCUUUCUAAACUUCUCCCCGCCCUGCCUGGCCUUUGGGCUUGAGAGAGAGCGUCUUCAAGGAUCAAAGAGACUUUGCUUUUUCGGGAUCAAAAAUGUGCCGGUGGGGAUUUCCAUUAUUUUCAAUGGAUGCGCUCCGCCGAGCCCCAGCAGGCUGGCAGACCUAGCUAGGGCCUGGUUUCCGUGGGGGAGGCGGUGGGCAGGCUGUGGCGUCUCCAAACCUGGCCUGGAGCUGGGAAACCCCUCGCGCUAGGGCUGCUGGCUUGGCGGCUCGCCUCCCCCACCCCACCCCGCCCCGCCCAUGCACCUCCCGUCCGGCUUGUAGGCUUUGGCUGCUCAGUGCUUUGGUGGCACAAGGUGACUGUGACAAGGCCACCCUGGCCCCCCGGGGACUCUGCUCCAACAGGUGCGUCUCACGCCAACGCCUCCCAACCCAGUGCUUUCACCAGAAAUCGAGAUUCCUGGGGCAGAGGCCCUGGCGUAGAGUCAAAGCGAUUUCUGGAGCAGCCCUCACUUCCAGAAUAAACACGCUCACCGUUUGGAUGGCUACAGUUUGAAACUAGAAACAUGCCCCUCUGCUCUUCUAUUUAUUUAUUUUUUUCUGUGAAAACACGCUUUUUUUUUUUUUUUUUUUUUUUUUUAAGCUGGAAGUACAGUCCAGAGGAUAUUUGCCUGUAUGGGCUUCUCAAGAAAUCCCUUCUGUCCCCGGAUCCCUGAUGGCAAGCCUGGUUCUCACUGCAGGUGACUCAGGCUGGAGCCAAGCGCCCGGGGCACCACGCGGGCUGCCCGAGGAGCCCCCUGGGUGCACACUGUGCCUUUUCAGUUUGCUCAGACAUUUACUCCCCAAGCCAGGCCGUGGGGUGCAAAACGAUCAAAGCUAAGCCGUGGAGAGGACAGAACGACAAUCAGUGAGAACAGGUGUAGGCGCCUGGGAUUCCACGCGUGCAGGCUCCUAGCCCUACGGGCGAGGCCAGGCCCCGAGGCCCCGUGCUUUCGUAGUGAGAUUGAGAGUCUGCCGGGAGGGAGUUGCUUUGGGUGAGUUUGCAGGUCAGGUUCCCCCUCUGCUUUGCUGUUUUCACUGGCUCCAUUGGAGGACAGUCUUGGUUGCUUCCAGGAACAAGGGGUGCUGGCUGUUCUGGCCACCUCGGUUGGGAGUCGUCACUGAGGGAGCAGCCUUAGGAUUGUCCAAGGGGUUCCAGGUGGUCCGUGGGCUGCCUCUGUCUGGGUGGCUGGCUGGACGUGAGCCGAGGAAGCCAGUGGCGUGCAGGGACUCCCUGCUUUGAGGUUUGCAGCGCAUGUUACAAAGCCUGCAGCGCGUGGUUGCCCCGGGAGGCACCAGCUCGGAUGGUGCUGCAGCUCCCCCCUCUGCACCCGCAUCUGGCCACCAGCAAGCUCCCCACGGGCAAAAUGGACUGUAACCAGCUGGCGUCAGCCCUGCCCCCUUGGGAAACAGUGGUUGGCUGCUUCCAGCCUCUUGUUCUCUUCAACAAGACGGGCACAGCAGGGAGGGUGAGGAGGCGCUGCCCCUCUUUCACAUGAUGUGAUGGGGCCGGAGACCCCGAGAACCCCUUCAUUCUGGGGGCAGGCGGCCAGCAGAGCCGUCGGCACGUGGCAGGCAGGGGAAAGGAGUAAUGGCAGGUCCCCGUUGUCUGCUGCGGCUGGACUUGAGCCCCUCUGGAAUGCCUCAUCCAUCUUCAGGCCGCCUUUGCUCUGAUCCGUUUUGCAGUGUAGCCCUAACUUUUGGUGUGCUACAGCUGCUGUGGUCUUUUCGUGGAGUCUGCAAAGGUAGAUCCUUUUCUUGAGGUCCCGCGUUCACGCUACCAGUGUGUUAAGCCCGUCCAGUUCCUGUGCGAUUGGGGAAUGCCCUGGGUGAACCCUGGGCUGGGGAGAGGGAUGGAGGCGCGAGUGCAAGGUGACAAACCAUGCGCAGGAAGAGAAAUGCAGCCGUGUCUUCUGAGGACAGCUUCUUAAACACACUGUCUUACAAGGCUGCUCACAACGUGCAGAACAGCUGCACUGGGCGAUGACCCAGCUGCACAGCUGCCCUGGCCGGACCAGCCUCAGCGUGGCUGUGCCCCUCAGCGCCUCCUGCUUUUGGUGAGUGGUGGAUAGGGCGAGCGAGCAGGCUUUUCCAGGGGGGCAUCCCUACCAGGGUGGCACCGUGUAACAGCAGUUGAAGCCGAUUUUUUUUUUUUUAACACUUCAUCAGACUCCCAAUUCAAUGCUGGGAGCCUGGGAGGCUUUGCUUGUUCACACCAACAAAGUAAUUCUCUUGCAGAGCGGAGUGAGCAGUGUGGCUGGCUGGCAAAACCCUUGAGAGCGCGCAAGCCAGCAAACCGGGAGGGCUUCCUGUGCCCCGAGCCGCCUCCCUGGAGUGCAGCAAACACUGGUGCCCGUGUAGGAGCACAGCCACGGGGGUCUCGGGCUUUACGUGGGCUUCCCUGCAGGUGGGGUUUCUGUCUGCAGCACUGGUGCCACAGUGAUGAAUAUAAAACGGACAGCAACCACCAUGCCGAUAACAUCAUUCCUGCAAAUUCAUAGUGGAACAUGAGGGAAAGAGAGCAGAAAUCAGACUUUAAAAGAGCAUUUGGCUGUAUCCUUAAAGUUCUUUUUUUUUUUUUUUCUUCUUCAAACAAUUGCUGAGCCUUUUUUUUUUUUUUUUUUUUUAAUUUUCAUUUUAGUUGAAAGGUAGAGAGGCAGAGAUCUUCCAUUGGCUGGUUCAUUCCCCCAAAUGCCUACCGCAGCCAGGGCUGGGCCAGGCCAAAGCCAGGAGCCUGGGACUCGUUCUGGGUCUCCUGCGUGGGUGGCAGUGGCCCAAGUACUUGAGCCAUCACCUGCUGCCUGCCCCGGUGUGCAUCAGCAGGGUGCUGGGACAGAAGUAGGGGAGCCAGGAGAAACCAGUGUAAAACCUAAAAUCUAAUAAAAUACUUGAGUGUGAGGGCUGCUCUAUGAAGCUCACCUUGCACGGAAGUCUAAGACAUCUGUAGACCAGCAGACAUUCUCCCUGGAAGCGUGCGUUGGUUAUUUUGAGCCACCUGUCUCCUGGCCAGAGGGGGCUCAAGGCUCCCGAUGGGCAAAAGCCGGGUGCUGGCUGCCAGUGUGCUGUCCAGCACCCACCUGCCACACGCCGCCCCCGACAGCCUGGUUCUAACCUCGGAGAUGAGGACCACACCUCCUCGGCCUGCAGGGUCUGGAAGGCCUGGGGAGGCUCGUUUGUAACCAUUGCACUUUAAAAACUGGAAACUGUGAGAUGAAGACAAAUUCAAUUAGGCGGAAAUGAGUUUUGUUUUAUUGCCUGCUGCUGAACGGCUCUGGGCAUGCUGGAAGCGAAAUAAAAAGCACAUCCCUGGCUCUCUCUCUCUCGGACUGGUCAGCUGGCCCUUGCUGCAACUGCUCUGGCACAGUGACCACAGCCAAAAAGAGAGAGCUCAGCAGUCAUCCCAUCCACACCCCGCUUGGUAGGACCACACGAAAAGCACAGUUUCAUGCUGCUAGCUCUGGUGAGGAGGCAGCGGCGGGCCCGGGAGGUGUGCCAAGCGCUCCUUUGCCGCAGGAGGCAGAGCACAGGUGGCCAGAGCAAGGACACCCCCCCACGCGCCCCCGCUGCCCACCUGGAGACGAGGACCCCCGUGUACUUGCCCACUUGAGGACUCUGCUCAGCCAAGCAAGCCGGCUCAGGGCUCAGGGGCCCGGCAGCCGUUCUGAGCUCACGGUCAGACCUCAAGGCCCCGGGGGCCCCCGAGCCCUGGACUGCUGCCCUCAUCCCUCGCACUGUAAAUUUUGUACAGUUGAAGAGAAAUGGAGUCUCGUUUCCUGGGAAAAAGAAAGAGGAAAACAAAAGGCCCCACCCGUCUUUAUUUAUUGCCAUGUGACUUUGGAAAACAAGCUGGUGCGUUGUCUGUCUGUGCCUCCUGUGUGUUGGCAUGAGAUGUGUUCGGUAAGCCUGUAAAAUAAACACGACGUUCUUUAGAAUCUGAC